AUGAUCAUGCUCAAGCUCCUUCAUCAAGGUCUCGAUGGAUGGAUCAAAUUUGGUAAAGCCUUGGGAAAUUUUGAUCAAUUCAGUCACGUAUCCGAACAAACAGCUUCCUUGAGAAUACUGGAAGCAUUGUUCUUCUUAUUUCGCAAAAUAUCGGGGGCACAUGUCCCUUAUAUCUUUCUAUCGAGUGCUGUAACUGAUUUUCUUACACCACGAGAGCUGAGUGUUUGUAUUAUCGGUCAUUUUGGUUCGCAAAGUGACAUCAUUCUUCAAUCUCUCGUGACUUUGUAUCCUGUUAGCGGCACCCCUCCUGGAGAGUCUUUCCUCAUCGGUGCCCCAAAGUUCAAUGCUCGCUGCUCUAUCCAGGCAUACCAGGGCGUAGGAAAGCUCGGUAGCGCCAGCCCAGGGAGGUGUUCGGAUAGUAAAAGAAACUCGGUGAAGGUUGUCAGACAGGGCGCACAAAUUCCUUCAGAAGCCUUAAAGGGGCUUAGGAGGAGGCAGGAGAAUGGGGCUUCCUAUCUUGUGGACGACUCAGAGUCAUGGCCGCACCUCCGAGUGACCUUGGUGUCUUACUAUUUACAGCUCAGAGGCCCCCCUAUUCCAGGUUACCAAGACAAGGCAACUUUCGUAUUCCUCAACAUUGCCUCGUCCUUCUUACUUCCAGUCGGCAUUAGCUCGAUCACGCUUUUAACGUACUCAUUCGGGUCCCGCCCUGCCCUUCAUGACUUCUUCCUUGGGGUUGAGAGACUUCCUGACAGGGCCAAUGGGGGCGGGAGCUCCACCCCUCAAGCAUCAGGAGGACAUGUGAGCCUUUCGGUCGGUGGGAGCAAGCUUGAUUUCUUGAGAGUGGCUUUCUUCCUUGGACCCCAAGUCUCGCUCACCCACCAUCAGGAAGCUUCGAAAUCUAGCGGUGAAGAUGCUAUACCGGAGCCCAAGAUGGAUCGACAGCGUGGAUCAUCUACGAAUAACCUUGUGGAUGGCCAUUCAAGCCAUGACAAGCAUGGGUCUGCAGAAAUGUGGCAUCCUACGCCUUCACUCACUGACUUUGUGGAUGCCGUGCAGAGUGCGCAUGAGAGGCUUGCAGUUCGAAACACCUCUGGCAAGCAGGCCAGGAUGGAAGGGAAAAGUGCGGCUGCAAGCGCGCUGAGCGCCAUCCCGGGGUUGAAUUCGCUUUUGCAACCUCUCAAGCCAUCUGAGGGCACCAAAUCUCAUCAGUUCACUGGAGGACACAAGGGAAACUUCGCGAAAGGGGGUCGCUGA